AUGGAUCCAUUACCACCAGUACAAUUGAUGCCAGCAAAACGUCUUGCUAUGACACAGGAAGAAUUUGAUGCAAAAUUUGAAUUUUUAAAGAACCGCCAACAACCAAAAAAAGGAUCGAUUUCAACAUUAGAGUUACAAUCAGAUGGUAUAAAUUUUUCACAAUUUUUUAAAUCUUGUUUUAACUUGAAAUGUGAUGAAAGAAAACAAUUUGUUAGAACUUCUGUUGUAGAAGUAAUUAAUCAUGGUAAAGAUGGUGGUGUAUUGUCAGAGAUAGGUUCCGGUAAUUUAUCAAGUAAAUCAUUAAACUUACAACAUGGUAAUAAAGUUAAAAAUAUACUAAGUAGAUUUAUACCACUUUUUGGGGUAUUAUCUAAGUACUCAAUAAAAGAAAGCCUUUUACAAGAUAUUAUUGGUGGUUUGAUUGUUGGUAUUCAUGCAGCUGGAGAAGGAUUACCAUUAGCUUUUUUGGGAGGAAUAUCACCAAUAUCAGGAUUGUAUACUUGUUUCAUUGCCUUUAUCAUGAAUGUAUUUUUUGGUAAAAAAAAUUGUGAAGGAUUUGGUGUAAAUAUAAUAAUUAUGUAUAUUGUAAAACAAGUCAUUGAAAGAUUAACAAGUGAUAAAGGUAUCUUAGAAAUUGAUAAUAAUAAUUUAAAAAUUAUGAAUUUACAAAUGGAAAUAAUGUCAACACUAACAUUAAUGAUUAGUGUAAUCCUUUUAACAAUGUUAUUCUUUAAUUUUCAUUUUUUGAUAGAAUAUCUACCAAAACAUCUUAUCUCUGGAAUGACAUUUGGCAUUAUCAUAAAAGUUUUCCUAUCACAAAUACAUCAUCUUGUUCAUCUUCCUCAAGAUGUGGGAAUUAAAAAUAUAACAAUUACUUGUCUUAAUUCAACAAAAGAUUGCUCAUCAAACUUUAACAUUUACACAAUUUCAAUAUCAAUAUCAUGCUUCGUCAUAAUUUUUGUUAUCCAAAAAAUUAACAAAAUUCUUUUAAAACCACUAUUCUCAAUAAGAAUUUCAAUUUUUCUUUUCCUUAUCAUUUUUGCAUCACUACUUUCAAGGAAAAUACAAUUAAAAGAAAAUUAUUCUGUUGAAGUAUUAUCAAAUAUUCAAUCACCAUUAAGAAUAAUUUUUCCAAAAUUAUAUCUUGUUCCUUAUCUUAUAUUUGAUUCAAUUAUCCUUUCACUAAUAUCAUUUUCUAUCUAUCAUACAUUCUCAAAAAAAUAUUUUAAAGAAUUUGAUGACUCACAAAGAUACAAUACCAUUAUCCUCUGCCUAACUAAUAUUUUUUCAACAUUUUUUGGUGGAGUACCAUCAUCAUAUUUUAAUGAAAAAUCAAUCUCAACAUCAAAAUAUCGAAAAAGAAGUUCAUUAACAUUUUUGGUUGCCUCAAUUUUUUUAAUUCCUUGUAUUUAUUUUUCAAAUUUUUUAUUCUCCUCAAUUCCUAUUUGUGUUUUGUCAUGUAUUAGUAUUAUUAGUUCUAUUGAUUCAAUUUUUGAAUUUUCAAAAAUAUUUAUUUUAUGGAAUUCUUUUAGAAGUGAUUUUUGUAUAUGUAUAGUAACAACAAUUUUUGUUAUUUUUUAUCAUAAUAUUUCUUAUUCAAUUUUUUAUUCUUCAAUUUUUGCUGUAACAAUAAGUAUUAUAAGGAGAAUUCAAACGCCAAAUAUACAUACCUUAAUUAAUGUUACUGGAUCAGGAGCAUAUUAUGAAGAGAAAGGUAGAUAUGAUACAGAUUUCUUUGAUUAUGAUAAUGGAAUUGCUGUAGUUAGAUUUGAAGGACCAUUACUAUAUAAUAAUGCUUCAACAUUUAAAAAGAGUAUAUUUAGGUUGGCUGAAAGAAUCAGAGGAAAUAUACAACCAAUAGGUAUUGGAACACGAACACCCUCAAUGAAAAGUACCAGCGCCUCUGCAGCAAUACAAUCCCAACGAGAUACACUUUGUAUUAAGUCAACUCUUCUAAUAAGUGGAGAUGUUGUGCCAACAUUUGAUUUUUUAAAUGUUGAUAAUAAUAAAGAAAUAACAAAAGUUUUAGUAUUAGAUUCAUUAACAAUUGUGGCAAUAGAUUCAAUAGAUAAAGGGAUAAAAAUAUAUUUUGCUAAUAUGUCCCCUGAUAAUCGUGAAUUAUUUGAAGCGUGUAAUGCAUAUUCAAUUAUACCAAAAGGAUGUUUCUUUCCAAGUAUUCAUGAUGCUGUUUUAUCAGCUCAUCAAAUGUUUGGCAAUUGCCCUCCAAAUAUACAUAUGAGUGUUUCAAUGCAUGGUUGUAGAGAUUUAAUAACACUUUCAACUACACCUUCAAAUCAAAAUAUUAAUGAUGAUCAACAGUCAAAACAAGAUUUUAUUGGUAGUAGUGGUGGUGGUGGUGGUGGACGUGAUUCUUCAGUACCUUCAUCAACACCAAGACCAUCAUUACAGGAACACAAACUUUGCAUAAGAGAAAUUAACAAAGAUAAUCCCUUACAGGUUUUAAGAGCUACCAUCUCAAAUGGCUAA